CGACGCCACCAAAACAUUAGCUGAGUGGGACCGAAGUUCCAGUUUGGUCGAGGAGGUGGAGGGUAAGGCACAAUGAAGACGACGUUCACCACCGUCGACCUGCUCGCCAUUGUGGCUGAGCUUAAACAGAGAAUCCAGGGCAUGAGAGUUGUGCAGGUGUACGACAUUGAUGCCAGAACCUACCUCCUCAAGCUCCAGAAACCCGACAACAAGUGCGUCCUCCUCCUGGAGUCAGGAUCGCGCAUUCACACUACUGACUAUGAGUGGCCGAAGAGCCCUGCGCCCUCAGGUUUCUCCAUGAAGUUGAGGAAACACCUAAAGAACAAGCGCAUUGAGUCAGUUCAGCAACUUGGAGUUGAUCGUAUAGUUGACCUAACUUUUGGGUCAGGCGACGCACAACACCACGUUAUUGUGGAAUUGUAUGACAGAGGAAAUAUUGUCCUCACAGACAAGUCCUACAGUAUCCUUAAUAUCCUACGUCCUCGCAAGGAAGGAGAAGAUGUCAGAUUUGCAGUCCAUGAGAAGUAUCCGGUGGAAAGAGCACGUGGGGCAAAGGACCCCCCAACCUUAGAGAGCUUGAAGGCUGCUGUUGCAUCAGCCAAGGACAAUACGCCGCUGAAAAAAAUACUCAACCCUUUGCUAGACUGUGGAGGAGGUGUCAUUGACCACAACCUUCUGGAGGCUGGCUUUCCCCCCAGUGCAAAACUUGGCCAACACCUGAAGGCAGACGAUGAUCUCACACAGUUACUCCAGGCAGCCACCAAAGCACAAGCAGUUGUUACUGCUUGGGCUGACAGAACUCAAUCUUCGGGUUACAUCAUCAAGAAAGUUGAGAAUCGAACCAAGCCCGAUGGUACAGUGGAGGAAGUGCCAAUCUACGAGGAAUUCAUACCUAUGCUCUAUGCUCAGUAUGCGAAUCGACCUCAUGAGGACUUUUCUUCUUUCAAUAUGGCUUGUGAUGAAUUCUUUUCCAAGAUGGAAGCCGUUAAGAUCGACCAGAAGGCCAUGCAGCAAGAGAAGGAAGCACUAAAAAAGCUGGCCAAUGUCAAGCAGGACCACAUGAAACGAUUGCAAGACUUGAGCAACAUGCAGAAGAACAACAUCUUGCAAGGACAACUCAUAGAACUGAACAAAGACCUGGUGGAAAAGGCCAUUUUGGUUGUACGCAGUUUAGUUGCCAAUCAGAUUGACUGGCGACAGAUCCGUGAACUUCUGGAUGAGGCCAAAACGAGAGGUGACCCAGUAGCCCUGUCCAUCAAGGAGCUAAAGCUGGAGAGAAACACUAUUGUCAUUUCUCUUAGUGAUCCCUAUGAUUUUGACGAAGAUGACCUCCUCCUGGAUUCAGAUGAGGAGCGGGAGGAAGGCCACGAGUCGACCAAGAUGCGGCCAAUGGCUGUGGAGAUUGACCUUGAUAUCUCAGCAAUGGCCAAUGCUCGAUGCUACUACGACCAGAAGCGACAGGCAGCCAAGAAGGAGCAGAAGACCAUCAGUGCUUCAGCCAAGGCACUGCAGUCGGCCGAGAAGAAGACCCGCCAGACCCUAAAGGAAGUGGCCGCCAUUACCAACAUAAACAAAGCCCGGAAGGUUCAUUGGUUCGAAAAGUUCCUGUGGUUCAUCUCUUCAGAAAAUUAUCUGGUCAUUGCUGGUCGAGACAUGCAGAUGAACGAAAUGGUUGUUAAGCGACAUCUAAAGCCUCGUGAUGUCUACGUCCAUGCUGACCUGCAUGGAGCAGCCAGUGUGGUGAUCAAGAACCCCAGUGGCAAGGAGCCCCCCCCAAAAACCCUUCAUGAAGCAGGAAUCAUGGCCCUCUGUUACAGCCGUGCGUGGGAUGAGAAGGUGGUGACGUCAGCAUGGUGGGUGUGGGGUGACCAGGUGAGCAAAACGGCACAGGCUGGAGAGUACCUUACAACUGGUGCCUUUAUGGUCCGUGGAAAGAAGAACUUCCUCCCCCCGUCGCACCUUGUGUAUGGCUUUGGUUUCCUCUUCCGGUUAGAGGAGAGCUCAGUUGCAAGACAUGCUGGUGAGAGGCGCAUUAGAUCAUUGGAAGAGGAUUCUGAUGCUAAAGAAAGCCUUGAGAAUCUCUCCAUCAAUGAAGAAGAAGAACUGAAUUUGGAUGACAAAGAUGAGGAACAGGAAAAUAUUAUUAAAGAAGAAAAUGAAGAGAAAGAAGAUGAAGAACUCAAAGUAGAGGAUGAGAAUGUCUCAGUGAAGGAAAACCAGGAGGAAGAAGACUCGGAUGGAGAAGGCGAUGAUGAAGACGGGAAAGACAAAUCGGACGAAGAGAGAGACCAGUCCGUUGAGUUCCCGGAUACUGUUGUGGAGAUUGCACAUAUUGGUGGAGAUCAAUUUGCGCUGCGUCCAAGGACUGUCUCAACCACAUCGCAGAUCUCCCAGUCGAGUACAGGAGGAGGGGAAGAGGAGGAAGAUAAAGUGGUGUAUUUGGGAGAUGACAAGCCUGUGCAGGUCAACAGGAACAAGAACAAUAGUAUUAGCAAGGAUUCUAAAGCAGGAAAGAAAGGAAAGAACAGGCAAGACUCUAUCUCAAGCACACAGCAGAAUAACAAGAAUGCGAAACAUCAGAAGGAAACGGACAAUGGCAAAGGUUGUCCCCCCAAAAGAGGACAGAAGGGGAAACUGAAGAAAAUCAAAGCCAAAUAUCGUGAUCAGGAUGAGGAAGAGAGAGAGAUGAGGAUGCAGCUGUUACAGUCGAUGGGAAAUGCCAAAGAAUCAAAGAAGGCUAAGGGUAACAAAAAGGAUGUGAAGGAAGGGAAAGGAAAGGGACCCAAACCUCGGCCAUCGGAGACUCAAGCCCGACCUGAAGCUGCUCAGCCAAAGCCAGAAGAUGAACAGGGGAAGAAGGAGGAAGAUCAGGAGGAGGAAGAGGAGGACACCCCGCAGAUCGCUGAUGACCUGAACAUUGUCAAUGCGCUGACAGCCCAGCCAGUAGCAGAGGAUGAACUCUUGUAUGCCAUUCCUGUGUGUGCUCCAUACUCAACAAUGGCCAACUACAAAUACAAAGUUAAGUUGACGCCAGGGCCAGGGAAGAAGGGCAAGGCCUGCAAAACCGCCCUGGCACUCUUCAUGGGCGACAAGACUUCCACAACUCGUGAGAAGGACCUGUUGAGGGCCGUGCGGGACAACGACCUGUCCAAAAACCUGCCAGGGAAGGUUAAGGUGUCGGCGCCCAACAUUCACAAGGUCCGAAAAUAGGAGAGGUGCAGAUAGUGUGGCGAAAUGCGGUGAUUUGGAAGAGGAUGUUAAGAAUUAUUAUUUUUUUAAUAAUUAUGCUAUAUAUACAUUUUUUUUU